AUGAAUAAUUCUUCUGGAAAGGGGAGUUCAAGUAGUUCAUUUGGGUCCAGAAGUGAAAGAAGGAGAGCUGCUCUAUUGUGUAAAUGUGGGAGGAACAAUGUUGUUUACACCUCCAAGACCAUUAGAAACCCUAAUAGAUCAUUUUUUGGGUGCCCCAAUUUCAAGGAAAAGAAGCCACACUGUAACUUUUUUACAUGGGUGGAUGAUGCUACAUCUGAUACCAUGGAGCUGGAAGAUUGGAGAAUUAACAAGCUCAAACUGAAUGUAGCUGAAAUGGAAUUCAAUUUGAAUUUUUUGGACAUAAAACUCAAUGAUGAAAUGCAGCUGGAGGUGAACGAGCACAAAAAGAAGAUUAAUGACCACUAUAUAAAGAUUGAAUACCUAUCAAUGAAGAUGCAAGCAGAGAUUGAAAGGGUUGAGAAGGAAAUUAUGCAUGUGUGUAGGUGUGCUAGGGUGUUUGUUGGAUCCAUUGUUGUUGUGUUUGUAAUAUGUAUUUAUCUUGCUGGUUGGCUGGAGUGA